AUGUUGCAGCAGAUUCUGCAUGAUCUGUACAUUGACCCUGAGCUCCUGGCUGAGCUCAGUGACGUGCAGAAACACAUCCUCUUCUACAAGAUGCGGGAGGAGCAGCUGAGGCGCUGGAGGGAUCGAGAGGCCCGGGAGGCCCUGGUGCAGGCUGAUAGCCUCAGGCCUCUGAAGGUCAAGCGAGCUCAGGAGGGCUGGGUCUCAGGUCCAGCUUUGGCCCUGGAUGCUGCCUGGCAGCCUAGCUGGGCUGCUUUGCUGCUCCCUAGAAGGAAAGGAGCCAGCAACAGGCACAUCCAGUGGCUCCUGGGAGCAGACGGCGAGGUCUGGGUCUGGGUCAUGGGAGAAGGCCCUGGUGACAAGCCCUACGAAGAGAUCUCAGAGGAGCUGAUCGCCAAGCGGGCACGGCUGCAGGCUCAAAGGGAGGCCGAGGAGCUCUGGAGACAGAAGGAAGCUGAGAUCACUAAGAAAUUCCGGGAUGCUCUGGCCAACGAAAAAGCCCGGAUCCUGGCAGAGAAGUGGAAAGUGGAGAUGGAGGACCGCAAGGCUGCCAAAAUCCUGGAGGAACGCAUCCACGAGGAAUUCAAGAGGAAAGAGGAAGAAGAAAGGAAGCGAGGAGAGGAGCAGAUUCGCCUCCAGGAAGAGCAGAGGGCGAAGGAGCUGUACUGGAGCCUGAAGCAGGCGCAGCUGCACAGCCAGUCCAGUGAGCGCGAGGAGCGUGAGUGGGAAGAGCAAUUGCGCAGAAUCAAGGCGGCUGACGAGGAGAGGAGCUUGCGAGCCCAGCAUGCCCGGGAUGAGUACCUGCGCCACUCGCUAUGCGCCAUCCAGAAGGGCACUGUCGCUGGGCUCAGCUCCAUGUUCCAGGAGCUCGGCCAGAACAACGAGCAGGAGGCGAGGCUCUACCAUCACCUUCCAGGCCCUGGCCCGCCUCUGCCCCGAGCUGUGCCCAUUGGGACGUGGGAGCGACCACUGCGUCCAGUCUCCAGAGAAGUCAUUGUCCGCUGGUUUAAGGAGGAGCAGCUGCCUCGCCGGGCUGGCUUCGAGAGGAACACCAAAUCCAUCGCCCCCUGGUUCCAUGGAAUUAUUAGCCGAGAAAAUGCAGAGAAUCUCCUGGAGAACAUGACUGAGGGUGCGUUUCUGGUCCGUGUCAGUGAGAAGAUCUGGGGCUACACCCUCUCCUACCGCCUGCAGAAAGGCUUCAAGCACUUCCUCGUGGAUGCGUCUGGGGACUUUUACAGCUUCCUGGGAGUGGACCCCAAUCGCCACGCAACUCUCACGGAUCUCAUUGAUUUCCACAAGGAGGAAAUUAUCACCGUUUCUGGGGGAGAGUUGCUGCAGGAACCCUGUGGACAGAGGGACAGCCCGCCAGACUACCAUGUGUUGUUUGAAUGAUAGUUUUUUUUCCUUAUCAGUUGGGUUCCCUCGGGACUCCCUUCUUUCUUCAAAAGCCAGUUUAAGAACUUCCCAACUCAAAUUCCUAUGGCUUUCCGUGAGUGUGCUACAAUCCAGAGGCACAAGUAGAUUAGUAUGUCCCAAGCGAUAUUAAAUACAUGGCGUUUGUGCUACUGGCCCCACCCCUGUGCUCAGGACAAACAUUGCUAGUGGCUGAUGCAACUUGUUUUGUGAAUAAUUUAGCUAUGACCUCAAAAGAUGAAGCUUACCUGUCAUGACUGCCUUAAACCACACUUCUAGAGUGCAUGGACCAUGUUUUGAUAAUUCAGAAUAAUUCUAGUGCCGAACUCUGAACAUAUGGUACUCUAACAUAUGGUAGACUUUCAAUAAACAUUUGUUGAAGAAAUGCAGCUCUUCUGAAAGUUUCCCAACAUGACCCAGUGAUGAUUAUUUCCUACUUGUCACUCUUUAUAUAAAGUCAUGGAAGUAAAACGAAAAAAUGUAUAGUAUUUAUAUGGCAAACACAGAUGUGACAUUCUCUAUGACAUUCAUCAGUCUUGAUAUUUUCACUGUAACUACCUGGGGUUUCUAAACCCCAGCUUCCAGGACAGGUGCUUGCUUCUGCCUUGCCUUCCUUUUUUCAUUUCUCUUCUUCCACCCUCCUCUGUCUUUGAGUCAUAUCUUGGCCCUGGUUUUGGAAUAUUAAAGUAGCGAUCUUAUAUAUAACUGCAGAUGUAUCCAAGCCCAAGGGUGAAUUAUUAACCCAAGAAUGGUGUUUAAACAUCUAACAAGACCUUUCCUUUCUAGGAUGCUGUCUACAUGAAGUUACUCAAGUGAUUAGCUCUAUUAUCAUUGCUCUUUUGCUUUUGAUUCUACUGUCCAUUUAAUCUGAGUAUGUUCUUCAUGUUAACACAAAGACUCUCCCAGUGAGGACCUCAGGGAUGGUGUCUAUUUGUGCAUAACUGUGUUCCAUACAUAUGGCCAUAGACAAGGAGGCAGCAGAUUGUGUAGUAAAAUUAUAGAUCCUUGGGUCAAGAAGACCUGGGUUCAGCCUGGUGCUCACUACUUUGCAGCGUAGUACUUGGUGACCACACAAACACAAAUGGACUCUUGGGACAUCAGGGUCUGAUUAACCUUUCUAGGUAGCUUCCACAAACCUCUCUUAUUCCCUGCUUCCCUUCUUGCCUCACCUGUUUCUCAUCUCUUUGUCCGCUUUUUCCUAAGGCACUGUCACUAUAAACAGUUUUGCAUGGGCUCUGCUCUUUCUCCUGUUGAUCAGCCUCAAGCAAGCAUAAAUCAGCAGUGCAUUGCCACAUGCAGUGCUAGAGGCUCCUCACCUCUGGCUGCCAUGAUACAGAAGAGCUGGAGUUCAGUGCCCAUGCAGUGAGCUCUAGACCAAAGGAGACCAGACACCAAGGCUGGCAAAUCAGUUCUUUACUCUCCUUCCUCCUGGAGGGCCUGUUUGGAGAAGCACCUCUUCAUACAGCCUCUUACAGGACAGAUCUGCAAGAUGGAGCAACCAGUCACGAUGACACCAAGCAGUGGCCAGAUCAGUGACAACCCUGUUUGUGUUUCCUAUCUCUCAGCCUCACACCAUCUCAAUCUGCUCCUCUGCGAUUGCUCUCAUAAACCAAGGAAUAGCUCAGAAGCAUUGGGCACAAGCUCUGCCCUUUGGGGAGCCAAGGCAAGCCCCAUCAUACACGUGUUUAAUAACAUCAACUCUGAAAUUCAGAUCUAGAACUUCCUUCUCUUUCUCUCACAUGGAUGAAAUGAUGCAAUGGAAGAACCCUGGCUUUUGAGCACUUAAAUACUUCAAAACCAAAAGCCGCAUAUUAUCAAAAUCACCAUAUAUCUAUGAGGACUUGACAGAACCAAGUUUUUAAAAAAUUUUAUUUUGGCUGUGCUAUGCAUCAAAUUGAAAUUGUUGGAGUCAUUUACCCUUAUAAAACCUCUGCAUAAAAUGGAAGAAAAUUUUGUCUAUGGCAGUCACUAGUUAUUUUGGGCAGAUCUGUUGAAUGACAAAUAUGGAAACUGUCAAAGGGAAAGUUGCUGCUCGCUAUAACUGCAAACAGCGACAACUUGGUGCUGAGUGCUGCUGUAUCGGGGACGCAACAUGAUGAUUAUCGACAACUUGCAAGAAGUUUCCAGCAGCAGCUUUGAAAGCAGUCCAAGGUGGGCGAGAACCUGAAUCCCCAGCCUGUUGUUGCUGUCACCUCCUAAUUAAUAUGUGAGAGACAACAGCUGAGUUUUCCAUCUCUAACGCAUACAUUUCAUUUUAUUUGGGGCCUGCACUUUCUGCAUGUCUCAUAUAUUUGAGGUUUUUGCCUGGCUUUAAAAUAAAUUCCUUGUAAGUUGUCCUGCAAAUGAAAUUACUGUCUGGAAAACUGCAAUUUCACCUUGAGAGUUUUAUUAUGCUAAUAAAUG